AUGACGAUGCCACUCAGCCCUCUCUCCAGUGACGAGGAACAGCAGAGGAUGCUGGGAAACAGUCAACACCUUUAUCCAGGGGCGGAGGAGGAAGAGGAGGAUGAGGAGGAAGAGGAGGAGUUAGAUGACGAAUAUCAGGAUGAAGAAGGGCAUGAGGAGGAGAACGGAGAGCUGGAUGGAGAAGAGGACGAGGAGGAGGAGGAGGAGGAAGUGAGAAGAGGAGGUGGUGGAGGGGGACGCUUGGGGGGCAGGAACGAGGGGCCCAGGCAGAAAGUCACCAUGGCUGGACGUCCAGCAGCAGAGCGACAGAUCAGAGCUGGAAACCCCGGACACACCGCCAACCCCUACUCAUCCAACCCCGGUCCUGCCCACCAGCCCACAGCCAAUCAGCAGCAGAAACGGCUCAGAGACAGGAGCACGAGCUCCACCCCUGACGACACUCACAUUGCCAUGAUGGUGUUCCGCAUCGGCAUCCCCGACAUCAAGCAGACGAAGUGCUUGCGGUUUAACCCUGAAGCCACAGUAUGGAAGGCAAAGCAACAGGUGCUGUGCAGUCUGACAGAGUCUCUACGAGAUGUCCUGAACUAUGGUCUCUUCCAGCCAGCCACUGAUGGACACGACGCCAAGUUCCUGGAGGAGGAGAGGCCACUCCGAGAUUACCCACAAUCCUUUGAAAAAGGGGUGCCAUACUUGGAGUUUCGCUACAAAACCAGAGUAUACAAGCAGACAAACCUUGAUGAGAAACAACUUGCCAAGCUGCACACCAAGGCCAGUCUAAAGAAGUUCAUGGACUACAUCCAAACUGGAGCUGUUGAAAAGGUCGCCAAGUUUCUGGACAAAGGGCUUGACCCCAACUAUCAUGAUCCUGAUACAGGAGAGACUCCCCUCACGCUGGCGGUGCAGUGUGAGCCAGGGGCGGGGGAGGUGAUCAGGGCCCUUGUGAUGGGAGGAGCACACAUCGACUUCAGGGCCAAAGAUGGCCUCACAUCUCUGCACAAGGCCGUCCGAGCCCAUGCACACACCGCCCUGCUGACUCUGCUGUCUCUGGGAGCGUCUCCGGACUACAAGGACCGACGUGGGCUGACGCCGCUUUACCACACUGUGCUGACAGGGGGCGACACCUCCUGCUGCGAAACACUCCUCUAUCACAGAGCCAAGUUGGGGCUCCGGGAUGAAAACGGCUGGGAUGAGACACAUCAGGCCUGUCAGAAUGGCAACUCGCAGCACCUGGAGCAUCUCCUUUUCUACGGUGCUGACUCCUCGUCCCAGAACGCCUCAGGAAACACUGCCUUGCACAUCUGUGCUUUAUACAACAAGGAGAGCUGUGCACGCAUCCUGCUUUACCGAGGAGCCAAAAAAGACAUGAAGAACAACAGUGGGCAGACACCCUUCCAGGUGGCUGUGAUGUCUGGCCAUUUUGAGCUGGGAGAGAUAAUCAAAAACCAUCGGGAUUCAGAUGUAGUGCCAUUUUUGGAGUCACCCAAGUACGCCCCCCAGAGGAGGGAGAGUGGGCGAACACUCGCUUUGCCCCAUCCUCACCCCUUCCUACGGGCCAACAGCGACAACAGCAUGAAUCUUCCUGAAUGGAUGGCCUUUCCCAAUGCUGCUGGCUCCAACAUCGUCUCUGUGCAGGGUCUGAAACACGGUGGGACUCUGCGCAGUUCCAGUAGCCCCCGUGGAGCCCGGACACGCUCUCCUUCCCGUGGCCGAACAGGAGACAGAGAGGAUCGCAGCCGACAGACCCGCGGGAGACAGGGGCCUGGCUCUAUCAGCAGUCAGGGAGCAGCCCCAGGGCAGCGGAGGCGUCUGUACAGUGCCGUCCCGGGUCGAGUGUUUGUUGCCACGCGCUCAUACUCGGCGCAGGGGGAGCGCGAGAUCAGCUUCAACAAGGGAGACAAAGUCAAAGUGCUGAGUGUCGGUGAGGGCGGUUACUGGGAGGGAACAGUACGAGGAAGGACGGGCUGGUUUCCCUCAGACUGUGUGGAGGAGGUAGCGCCCCGCAGCCUGGACCACCGCUCAGAAAGCCGGAGCGAGAAAGCCAAGCGGCUCUUCCGCCAUUACACCGUGGGAUCUUAUGACAGCUUUGACGCGCCCAGUGACUACAUAAUCAAGGAGAAAACAGUGCUCCUGCAGAAAAAAGACAGUGAGGGUUUUGGCUUUGUGCUGAGAGGGGCCAAAGCUCAGACCCCUAUAGAAGAGUUCACACCCACCCCAGCCUUUCCAGCAUUGCAGUACCUUGAAUCUGUCGACGAGGGAGGCGUGGCCUGGAGAGCUGGACUACGAAUGGGUGACUUCCUGAUUGAGGUGAACGGUCAGAAUGUGGUGAAGGUCGGGCACAGACAGGUGGUUAACAUGAUCCGGCAAGGCGGCAACAGCCUCAUGGUGAAGGUUGUCAUGGUAACUCGGAACCCCGACAUGGAGGAGGGGUCGAGAAAGAAAAUCCCACAGCAGAGUAAGAGGCUGAGCACACCGGCUAUUGCGCUGCGAUCCAAGUCCAUGACCUCGGAGCUGGAGGAAAUGGUCGACAGAGCUUCAGCACCAUGGAAAAAAAAAUCAGAGUUCGAAUCCUCACAAGCUACAGAGAAGAAGAGGACAGUCUAUCAGAUGGCUUUGAAUAAACUGGAUGAGAUUUUAGCCGCAGCACAGCAGACCAUCAGCACCAACGAGACGCCAGUACCACGGACUCAGGGGGCAAAGCGGGAGAGAGGCAGAGGCUUUUACAAUGAGCCAAAUUACGACCAAUCAGGGAUGGGGUUGACGUCAUCUGGGGCAGGGCUGGGCUACGACCGUGGCCCAUUUGUGUCUGGCCACGCCCCCCAGCACGGUAUGCUGCGACAGAAGUCCAUCGGGGUUCCUGAGGAGGAGAAGCAGUUCCUCCAUCCUCCAGCCAUGAAGUUUGCACGAAGCCUUUCGGUCCCUGGGCCAGAUGACAUCCCCCCACCUCCAACCACGGCACCCCCUGAUCCGCCUUUCUCCUCAGCGCCCCCUUUGGGUUGGAGGGGCAAGACAUCCCAACAGCCCUCAGUCUCUGUGUCCCAGUCUACCUCCACCUCAACCCACUAUCAGCUUUACUCCCAGUCAUCUCACUUUGCUCACGGACCAAGAGAUAGGUCACCUGGACCCCCUACAAGCUCUGGAGCUGCAGACCAUGCAACCCCGUACUCCCAUGCCCAAUCCCAUCCCUCUGUCCCCAGCAGGACUGCUUCCAGGAAGGUGAUGGGUUACACAGGAGAUUCAGCAGGGGCUGGAGGGGCAGCAGGAGCUCGAACGGCUGGUUUGAGGAGAGGUUACAGCAAUGCGGUCCCACCCACCAGUGUGGCCACAGUGAUUCCUCAGCAGCAACAGACUGCUCAGAGCCAGCCAACAAGGACAGAGCGCGGUGCAGCAGGACCAACGUCUGCAGCUGGAGUCCCAAAAGGAGGCGUGCGUAGAGGCAAGGGACCCCUGGUCAAGCAAUCCAAGGUGGAAGAUCUCCGUUCUGGCCAAAGUACACUAGUAGGGAAAGACUCUAUUGAGAAGAGCUCCAUCCCCAUUCCUACCAUCAUUGUCAAAGCGCCCUCUACCAGCAGCAGUGGACGCAGUAGCCAAGGAAGCAGCGUGGAAGCAGAACCACCACCUCCGGGAGAAAGCGAAAUCUCCAAACCUCCUCCAGGAGCACCACCACCUGCCCCCACCAUGCCUCCUCCUGCUCCACCCUCUGUCCCUGCUCCUCCGCCCCCAUCGCUUCCACCUCUCCGGGCCCAGGAGAGCCUUGAUUUCACCAGCCAGUUUGGUGCUGCCAUCGUAGGAGCAGCCCGCAGAGAUCGCGAGCGCUUCCAUGAAGCUCGGCGCAAGAGUGCCUCUUUUUUCCUUUCAGCUGAGGAGGAAUUGGCUGGCACCACUGGAGUAGGAGGAACAGGAAGAAGCCAAGUGUCACAGCAGCUCCAGCAGCAGUCACUGAGCUCCCAACCUUCACCUCGCCUGAGACCCUCCAAGUCUAUAGAUGAGGGCAUGUUCUCAGGAGACACUUUCAUCCACCAUGCUCGUAGCAUGCCACCUGCCUUUGGCCUACCUGAGUACUCCACUCCCGCUCCUGCAGGGGAUUACCAGCCCAAGUCUGUACCUGCUGACUUCUACUUGGGAGGCAGCCGUCAGCAGCCACCACAGCAGCCACAGCCUCCUCCCACCACUUUCAUCCACCCACUGACAGGGAAGGUCCUGGACCCUUCAUCUCCUCUGGGACUUGCUCUGGCUGCUCGGGAGCGUGCCCUGAAGGAUGAUGGACGAAUGCGCAGGGAGAGGGGUGAACACCACUUCAGCCGCCAGCUCUCCAGUGUGGGGGUCUUCCCUCCUUCUCACUCUGUAGCUCCAUCUUCCUCCAUCAGCUCUUCCGUCGCUCAGUCCACCAGCUCUUCCUCAUACCUUGUCACUUCCUCUUCUUUAGCUGCCACCACCCCUUCUACCCGGCCCCCAUCACCCAGAAUCCUGAGAGGAGCAGGGGGAGGGUGGGGAGAUGAAGGAAUGGCAGGGGAACGAGCUGAGAGAGAGGCAGCUGGAGCUGCACCUUCUUCCCGGGAAGGCUUAAGAGUACGAUUCUCUGAGGACAAAACAGUUCACACACACCACUACCAGUCUCAGCACUACCAGCCCACACAGAAGGAACGGGAGAGGGAGCGGCAGAGGGAGCGCUCCCGGGAACGAGAAAGGGAGCGAGAGAUGGAAAGAGUUCAGAGUCAGCAACAACAGCAGACACAGCCAUCCUCACAGUCAACUACUCAGCAGCCUCGAAGACCAUCGUUCUUGAGAAUGGAAAGUGAGGCUGGAGCAUAUAUCUUGUCUCUGACCCCUCCUUCUCCUCCACCCACAGUGACACGCACCCACCCAGCCGGGGCAGGGACUGCGGGUGAGGGGACAAGUGGCAUGGGCCUUAUGGUCCUCCCUCCUCCUGCUCCAUCUGUGGAUGCAGAUGAUGAGUUUGUGUUUGCUGACCCUCUCCCACCUCCUCUAGAGUUUGCUAACAGUUUUGAUCGUGAAGUGAGCUAUUCUGGGAUGUUGGCUAAUAAUCUAGCUACUCGUCAGCAGCAACAGCAACAUCAUCCCCCUCCCCCACCUCCACCCCCUCCACCUCCACCCCCACCCCCCCAAAAAGACGCCUUCAUGACCGGCUUCCCUGCACACACACCACUGCCCUCUCCACAGGCCGGAGACUCUACCGCCUCCAGUCUCACUUCUUAUGAUAGUGAAGUGGCUAAUUUAACCCAGUCUGCACCUUCUCCUUCUCCAUCUUCUCCCAACCCUCCCCCGCCUCCUUCGCCUUCUACCUUGCAGCCCUCUGGCCCUCCUCCACCUCCCUCUGUGUCUCCUCCUCCUCCUCCCACCUCUUACCACAGGCCUUUCAGCUUAGCCCAGUCCCAUCAUCUUUACAACAACGCUCCCAUAACUGGCCGCUCUUCUUCUCCCACACCUCCGCCCCUCUCAAUACCAGCUCCCCCCGCCUACCGGGGACCUCCUACUGCUUCUUCAGCCAUCGUCACAUCAGCCCCAUUGAGGGGCACCUCUACCCUGUCUAUGACCGCAACCUGUGCCACAGCAACAACCACCACCGCUAGCUCCGCCACUAGCAUUGCUGCCAGCACUGCCGCUAGCAUUGCCUCAAGCAUCGGCGUGACCAUGCACACCCAGCGCAUGGCAACUGUUUCCACUGUGGCCACCGGAAGCGGGAGUAGGCGGGCCAGCGCUGAGCACCACCCACCACCAAACUCAGCAUCAGGCAAAAGUGGAGAGUCCCAGGAAACUGUGGUGGACUCUGGGAUCGAGGAGCUCGACAGCCGCAGCAGCAGUGAUCACCAUCUGGACAACAUCCUAGCACUCAGUGGGAGAGAGAGGUUAGAGAGAGCAGGGAUGGGAGGUAUUGGCAUAGGUGGAGAGAGAGGAGGAGGAGCAGUGGAGAGUGACAGGAUGAGCGGAGCAGACUUCCUGGAGUCCUACAUGAGUUACCUGGAUGGACAGACUUUUGAAAUGCACAAUGCCAAAGCAGCCAGCACUGCGUCCACAUACCCCAAGACGCAGCGAUAUAGAGAGGGUAGCCGGGCGGCUGAGCUCAGAAGACAGACUAGUACGGCUCCUCCAGCAUUCCACAGACGGCGAGAGGAAGAAGAGCCUGAAGAAGAGGAGCAGGAGGAGGGAGAGGACGAGGACGUUGGUACUCGGGAUGGUUAUGGUAUCAGGGAAGGACAAGGAUUGGCCCGCUCAUCUGUCAUGUAUUUUGACCGGCCCCGUACCCCUGAAAUGAAGCCUCUUUGGGGUGAAGGGUCAGCAGGGGCAGGGCAAGGGGUGGGGGAAAGUGGAGCUCAGACAGGGGGGACGUACCUGGAAGGGCGUAAGCUCCACCCUCCCAUGUCCAGCAUGAAGGCAAGCAUCAUCAGUGAACUGAGCACCAAGUUACAACAGAGGAGCAAGGGAAUGGAGAACUGGGGAGCACAACGGUCACUGAGCCGACACAGACACAGGUUCUCAGAGGAUUCCACAGGUGCCCUGAGCCCUCCAUCAGCUCGCUCUCCUUCUCCAUCUCCUCUUUCUCAGCCUGCUCUCUCUCCCUCUCCCACCGCCUCCUCCCAGCCUCCUCUUUACCCAGACUGGGCCCGUUCUCCAUCCCCUCAGCCCCCGGCCGCCACGUCUCAACCCCCUCCGGCUCGCUCCCACUCUCCAGUCUCUCCCUCCUCUGGUUAUGCCCCCUACCCAACCUCUCCCAAACACCGGCCUGUGUAUCGCACCAAAGCGUUGGAAUUUCAGUUCAUUCCUAGCCGGGAAUCUCGCAAGGCAGAGUCACAUCACUCUCAGCGCCGACGAGCGCCAAGUCCACUUAUUUCUCCCUCAGAUCGGCCCAAACUGGGUCCACCUCGCCCCUCUUCCCUCCCCAUCCUUCCCACCACGCCCCUCUACAGCAGCCUCUAUGACCUCCGUGGCUCCAUCACCCCACCAUCACCUGCAAACCCUCUGGGUGAUCCUUAUUUCUCCCCAUCUCCUCCUCUUUUUGCCCCAUCUGGUGCACCACCAGCACCAAACUCAUCUUUGGUGGUCUCUCGCUCCCUCUCGCCCACUCACUUCCUCUCCGGGACAUCCUCCCCACCCCUCCACUCCAUCGCUCCUCCCACCUGCCUUAGUUACCCCCACUUGCCCCCUCCAUCCCCCUCCAAACCCUUCGCCUCCAAGCCCCUGCCCUACUGGACCAAGUAUGAUGUGGCUGACUGGCUGGCCUACCUGAACCUGGCCGAGCACAGGGAGCGUUUCCUUGACAAUGAAAUCGACGGCACGCACCUGCCUUCCCUCACCAAGGAGGAUUACCUGGACCUGGGCGUGACCCGGGUGGGCCACCGCAUGAAUAUAGAGAGAGCGCUCAGGAGGGUGAUGGACAGGAUGUCUAGCUCUUUCCCCGUUUCUGCUCUCUCCCCUCGGGACGGACGGACAGAGAGAACAAGGGAUGAGGGCACCCGAAGCUGAGAGGAGAGAGAAAGAGAGAGGGAGAGAGAAAGAGUGAGAGAGAAGAAAAAGUGGGGGAAGUGCAAGCGCCUGCUGCUGCUAGCCAAGGCUAACCCAUUCCUGGAUAAACGAACGCCAAGUGGAGCAUCAACAUCCACCAGGAUCUCCGGUGAGGAAAGACGAGCGAAAGCUUGGACAGGGGGAUGGAGAUAUGCAUAACGAGGGAUCAACAUGCCUAGGAUCAUCGAUAUAUCUGACCACAAUCCAGACACACUCACACACCCACAGAUACAGACACACAGUACACAACCAUUCUCUGUGCGUAAACAAAGAAAGGCCUGAUGUGAUUAAUGCAGAAACAGGGAAUCUUAAUAACUCAGAAAAACCAACACGAUGGUAACAUUACUGAGCCAAAUAUUUUGAGAGAAACAAUCGAAUGCUUUAUUGCGUUUUGUUCCGUUUUUAUUUUUUUUAUUUGUAAUUCUGUGAUUCGUGGUCUAAAUGAUAAGGAGAGAGAGUCUAAGUCCUCCACAACCUUCUUUCUCUUAUUUUCUUGGCCUUUGAGUUCUGGUCUGUGUUGCUAAUGACUAUAUGCCUUAUUCUCCCCUUUCCCAGUGGAUUUGGUGUGGUUAAUUGUUGCCUUGACCAAAAAUCCAACUGAGAGGAGAGAAUCCGCCUGACUUCUGGUGCAGCCUUCUCGGUUGAUAGAUUGUGAUCGAGGAGAGAAGCUGAUCAGUGGAGGCCAAAUGUAGAGAACGAUGCGAUUGGCUUUCCUCUUGCGAGUCCUAAACAGCCGUGGCCAGUUUACUGCCUGACAUUUCCUCGGUGAGAGCGUGUCGAUGCGUGCACCCCUCUUCUGAAUGCGUGUGAAUGAUGAGCUGAGUGGUGUUAGCAGAGGCCUGAAUGUGUUCGGUUUUUCUGUUUUUACCUCACCUGUUGGAGGCUUUUGCCGAACCUCUUUGCUUUGGUCUUGUGCUGACGUUGUAUUUCGCUAGAACUUCUUUACCUUCUCAUGUCAUAAAAUGGCAUAUAUAUAUAUAUAUAUAUAUAUAUAUAUAUAUAUAUAUAUAUAUAUAUAUAUAUAUAUAUAUAUAUACAUACAGACUGGUCACUGUAUUACAAACCCGUAGCAAAAAAUAAGUGCCCAGACCAACUGAAUAGACACACACACCCUCUAACACAUACACAAAUAUACAUACACCAGACUGACCUUCGCAUUCCACAGACACACAAAUAUAAACACACAUCUUUUAUUUAUAUUAGAAAUAUUGGACACCUAAAUCUCUAUGUACGGAUCUGAGCUGACAAUAAAAAAUGACGCAAAAAAAGACAGAUGGACAACACAAACAAAAAGAAAAUACUGAAAAAUUGAUCAACAUUUUUACAACAGACUCUCAGCGCAUAGGAGUGACUGCUACACCAAUCAAACCCACCAACAAUAGAGGUUCAUAAGGGAGUCAGGAGAGAGACCAAACAGGCCAAAUUCUCUCUUUUCUAACCACUCCCCCCAUCCUCUUCCUCCAAAAGGCACUCUUUCUUAGGAGGCGAAGCAAAGCGGCGUGUGCAUCCAGACACCCUGGAACCACAGGAUUCAUGCUUAUAUCUGUUUUAAUAUGAUGAUUGUUCUUAUAACAAGUUUUUAAACUUUAAAUGGGUCUGGAAUACGCCUAUUGUUAUAAAAAAAAAAAACGAGAGAGAUUUAUUGUUAUUUAGUGGAGCCAUCCUUCUCAUGGUCCUUCCUGUUAUCCAUGUGAGUUUCUGGGUUACAGCUUUUCUGUUUCUUUGGCAAAGGUGAGCAGGAUUUCAGUCUUUAUUUUGGUUUUGUUUGGUUGCAUUACUGUUUCAAAACCUUACAUUCUGCUCCCCUCUACCACAUAAUCAGCUUGUAAAAUGAUGAAAUGCCACUAUAUGCAAUGACUAUCAGUGAAACCACUUGACAAGCCUGUACUGUCCCACAUGGAACUGUUGCACCGGGCGUGUUCAAAUGAAGUCGGCCACUCUCAACCCUCGUUCUCUCAUCUGUCACAUGCAGUUGCUCAAUCAAUGAAAAAAGGGCUUUUUCAUCCCCUCUCACGAGUUAGCCAGUGCGCCUCCUUCACUUGUUCUUCAAUAUUAAUUUCUGAGUGUUGUGAAAGAUAUCGCUGACUGCAGUCUUCAUCACCCUUCUCCCCUAGCCCACCUCCCACUUCAUCCAUGUGUUUUCCUACAGAGAGAAAGCAUGUGAUCCAUCCGUCGGACAUAACCUGGGCAACCAUUACAUUGAACAGAAAGCUAGAGGCUGUUGUCCGGUACGUUAUUGCUGCUGAUAACAGUAAGGACAAUGAAAACAUAUGUUCAUCCUAAAUAUGGUUUGAGAUGUAAAGAAAAAGAAUUCCAACUUCUAAAGAAUCUCUGUCUUCCAAAUAAUGUUUAACAUGAAAAAAGUUAUUUAUGCCCAAUGCUUUCUACACAUCCUGUCAUGGUCCAUGUGUCUGUCUGUCUGGCUGCUAUCAUUAUUUUGCCACAUGGUCUUAGUUUAAUAUUGUCAGAAGCAUCUUUGUCUUCUAAUACUGUCACAACAGCUUUGACUCUGUUGGACAGUACGCUCUUACCAGAAAGGGUUGUUUGAACAACGCCAUAAAGAAGCCAUUUGAGCGACUUUUAAGUGAUUGCAUAAUGAAAAGGUUCCAAAGCAAUUUAAAGGCGAAUUCUGUCCAUUUUUCUACAUUUGUGCAUAAUUCAGUAAUUAAGAUGUAAAUUAGUUAUUCAGUAUGGUUUGGUGUGAAAUGCUCUGUUCUAGAGAAACUUAGUGAGACAGAAAUGUUCACAGCGGUGGUGACAGGAACCAGACAUCGAAAGCAUUUAAUGCAUCUUAAAGCUAUCUGAAGUAUACAUGAAAUAGUUAUAGAUAUGCUGCCUGAUGUUUGAGACACUGUGAGAGUACGUUUACAUUUACAUAAUCUGAUAACUGCAGAAAAUCUGAUUUUCUCAGUAGUCAGAUCAACACAUUUACAUGCACCUGAGUAAUUAGCUAACAUGAAACCCCAGGUCUACAUGGGUCAGGCUGUAAUCAGAUUUCUAUUUUGCAACCAGCCAGUAAACUCACAUAACUAAUGUAAAACUCAAACUUCAUGCUGGAACUUUCUUUUAAAAACAUUGUGCCACUUUAUCUGAAAAUAUGAACAUACAUCAUCUAGAAGAUGAAGAAAAAUUCAAUCCUUCAUUUGGCCAAGCAUGAAGUUGCUUUCAGUGAUGCUCCAAAAGUGAUUUGUUGAUGUCUCGUCGGUGCUGUGUUAAACACUGCUUGAUUAUUUCCAGUACCGCUAUCUGCAGACUGAGAAUUCCGAAAGAAAUCAGAGUGAGAGUUCACACUUAGAAAUCUGAUGACUGAGCUAAAAUCCAGCCUCUUUAUCAGAUUUCUAGACCUUACUUUGAUCUAAGUAUGCUGUUUACAUGAUCAUUUGAAUAAUCAGAUACCUGCAGGAAUCUGAUUAUGAUAGGAUCAUUUAUCACUGUUUUAUGGUAGUUUUGCCCUAAAAUCUAUUUUGUAAAAUGCAUUCAUAGCAGAGAGACACAUGCGGCCAGUUUAGGGCAAAACAGUCGCCAAAGAAAACGUUUUUACCACUAUUUUACCAACAUUAAAUUUAACAACUCUGGUGUUUUUGGAAAGUAAAUAAAAUGUCUACAUUUGUGCUGUACACAUGGCAACCCCUGGUUCCCAUCACCACCACUGUAAAGAAAUCUGAAUCUCUACACUGAACCAUUCCACAUCAAAGCGCUCUGAAUGGCUGUUUACAUCUCAACCACUGAAUUAUACAGACUGUGGGAAUUCCCUUAUACAGAUCAGGUUCUUUAAAUCUGAAUAAGGUCCAAAACGCUCAUAACGACAAAAAUUGUUCUACAUUGAACAUUUUUAAGGGAAGAAAAACUGGUUCUUCGAUGGCACCUUCAUUUUAAGGGUUGCAGAUCUUCCUCUUGAGAAAGAGGGAGACAGUAAAAGAAGUAAUAUACCUUGGUUAAAGUCCUUAUAAUGUUGGUCCAGCAUUAGCCUUUGAAGAGUAAAGUGAUGGUUGACUUUUGGGUUAGGCUCUCACCAGGUUUACUGCUAUAUUUUCAGGCCAUGGCAGCAUCACAGCAGUCAUUUGUUCAUCACCAUGCUGCACAAGCUGAUUUAUAUAGUCCUAGAGAAGUGCUUUGGGAAAUCUACACAUGAGGCUAUGCAUAUGCAAUAGAGAUCUGCACUGAGAAGAGCAAGGUUAAAUAUGUCCCUCAUCUCUCAGCCUGGUCUGAACAACGUGGCGACUUGAAGCAGCUCCAUUCCAUAUAGACCCCAUAAUACGAAUAUGACCACGAUAUGGGACACUGGUCAAAUGUAAACCAUUUGAUGCGGUAUUUGAGCGGGGUGUGCAGAAAGCAUCCGUUUUUUUUUUUGUUUUCUUUGAAAAAUAUAUAUAUAUAAAAAAUGGAAGAAAAUUAACUAUGAAGAGAGAUGAAAGAUUAUUAACAGACUAUAUAUAUGUAUAUGUGGUAUACAUAUACACAUUCAUAUAUACAUAUGAAUUACAAAUGUUUUAAUAUAUGAGUAAAAGUUAUUAGAAUUAUAAUAAAGAUGCAGGAAUAACUUUGA